UUACACACGAGUUCGAGAAAAAGGACCAUAGAAAAAAGGACGAAGACGAGGACGAGAACCAACAAGUUGCCAACACUGAACUCAGUCCGAUUUCCGGGAAGUGAAAGCAGCAAAACGGCAGCCGUGGAUACCAACGCGCUGCGCAGCUCAGCCACUGUGAAAGUGACCCCCUCGACGGCGACGACGACGCCCCUGACAAUUUGUCAGCCGCCCCCGCCCACUCCGCCCUACCAGCGGCUAACCAAAGCGCUGCAAUGCGAUCCGCGCUGCGGCCACGAGGUAACCAUCGGCCGUCGUAUUGGCCUGUACAGAUUUUGUGGCGACAUCGGACGCGGCAACUUCUCGAAAGUCAAACUCGCAGUGCACCAAUUGACGCGUGACAAAGUGGCCAUUAAGGUGGUGGAUCUGGAUCGGGCCGGACUCGAUGCCAAGGCGCUGCGAAUGCUGUCCAGUGAAAUAGCCACUCUCGAGUGUGUUCAUCAUCCAAAUAUAUUGAGGCUUUUCGAGGUAGUCGAGACUUUGGGACGAGUCUAUCUGGUCACGGAGUGGAUUCGCGGUGGCGAGCUCUAUAACCACAUUACCCAAGGCGGUCCUUUGAGAGAAAUUCACGCGGCUCCUUUAUUGAAACAACUUCUGCUGGCCGUCAAACAUAUGCACAGUUUGGGCUACGUGCAUCGAGACAUCAAGGCGGAAAAUGUGCUGCUCCUCUCAGAAGAUCGCCUCAAGCUGGCCGACUUCGGUUUCAGCACCCAACUUAUCAAUGGUGCCAAUCAAAAGCUCGAUACGUUCUGCGGCUCACCACCGUACGCGGCUCCCGAGCUCUUCUCCGAUGACCACUACAUCGGUGCUCCGGUGGACGUCUGGGCCCUGGGCAUCCUGCUCUACUUCAUGGUGGUCGGCAACAUGCCCUUCCGGGCACCCACCAUUCCCGGCCUCAAGGCAGCCAUUCUCAAGGGCGACUAUCUGCUGCCCGGCCAGCUCAGUUUGCCCUGCAUAAGACUUAUACAACGCAUAUUGAUCCACAUCCCCGCCCAGCGGCCCACCAUCGACGACAUGCUGAACAGCCAGUUUGUUACGUGUCCCAAGCUGAGUGCCGAUCUGAUGCAGUGGGAGAUCAACCAGCACAGUAAGCCGGCGAAGCGAUCGAUCUUCUGGGUGCGCAGCAAGUCGCAUCGCCUGAGGAAAUCCGCCUCCCUGCGCGAUCGAUAUGCGGAGGUGGUCAAGAAGCCGGCCAUUAGUAUGAAUACGCGGCAGCAGGACGAGAUGUUUGUGCAGAAUUACCUGCAACCCAUUGAGAUGGGCCACGAACUGAUGCUUCAGAUGUCGGGAUCGGGAUCAGGAUCGGGAUUGGGUUCAGGAUCGGGUCAGCAGUUGAAGGAGCCGCCGGAGCAGGUGAAAAGGCCAACGAGGCGGUACAUGCUGUGCGGCAGUCUCAAAAAGAAGGUGACGCCCAUGGAAACGGAGCCGGAAAAGCAAUUGGCCAAUGGCACACAGACCAAGAUGAAUCCCUGGAACGUCGAGGUGGCCGACGAUUGUCCGCUGUUCAAAAACUACGAUGCGGAGACGGGCAGCUGCAUCAUGUUGCCCACCAGCACCGAGGAUCUCAGCCAACUGGGAGCCUUGGAGUUCGAGGCCAGGCAAAUCCUUGCCGAACUGGGUCUGUCCUCUGAGAUGCUCAUAAAUGCUCGCCAGAGUGGACCCCGUUCCGAUAUCAUUGGAGCCUACAGGAUUGUGGUGAAUCGAUUGCAAAAGCAAUCCUGGCUGGCAAGGAAACAUGUGGAAAUGGCCCUGCACAGUGAGCCAAAGGUGGAAAAGCGCAUCGAGAGAUCAUGCUGCAUACUCUAAGGCAGAGUCGUGAAUAGAUGUUGAAUGUUUAUAGUACUCUCCUGGUCCUGGUGGUCCUUGGAUUAGCCCGAAAGGAAAGGCAAACUUUGGGUUCUAUGGCAAUUGGCUAGGAAAUAGAGCUUCAUUGGAUGUACCUUCUUUGCAAGAGGCAUUUUAUGGAAUUUAGCUGAGAAAUACAAGUUAUUUCCUUAAACCUUCUUUGGAAAAUCAGGAAAACAGAGGUUCUGAGAACUACAAUUCCUUAUUUCUUUGUGAUUUUGUAAUCUGAAUUUGAUUUGCUGAGAAAUAGAGGCUAUUUCGAUAAAACUUCUUUGGAAAGCAGCGGAACUUCAAGCUUUAAGAAAAAUAAUUCCUUAUUUCUUUGUGAUUCGAUAAUCUGAAUUUAUUUUGCUAAGAAAAAGAGGUUAUUUCUUUGGAAAAGCUGGUUAGCAGAGUUUGCUGGUUUGCUUAUCUUUGGAAAUAUAAACAAAUAAAUAGAUUUAAAAAUGUUACAAUACCAAAUAAGAUUAGAAAAAUUUAGAAUGCUAACCAAAACUAAUUUUUCAGAAAGUUGGAAAGUAAAAGUAUUUAAAAAUCUUUUUUAAACAACUAAUUAUUUUGAAGAGUUAAGUAGGACAGAAAAUUUAAGCUUCCAAAAGACCUUAACAAAGAUAAUUUAUUUGAGUUGCGAAGAAGAGUUAGUACUUUAAAGUUUGCCUUUCUGCGGGAAUAAAUUCAGAAGGCCACUGGACAAGCCCAAUUAGUGUCAAUUUGUCAGCUGCAUAGACGCGAGUUUGUUGUUAACGUAGAGUUUCCUACAACCUUUCCUUGGUUACUCAUUCGAGAAAGUUCCUUAAUUCGUGUAGCUUGAGUUUGUCCAACCGUUGAGUCCAAAAGGCGGAUAGCAAAGUUAAUAUAUAUAGUAUAUACAUAUAUAUAUAUAGAGAUACAUACAUAUAGUCCAAGUAUUAUGUAUUUAGUUGUUGGUCCAUUUUUGAGCAUAUACAGAUGAAUAUACGAAACGAAUAUGAAUAUAUAAA